GGUUGUACCGGUUCACAGGAAGUGGACUGUCAUUCUGAGCUGUGUCCUUGUUAGCAAACGAGCUACUCAGCUGCCAUAAUAGGCGAGCAAAUGUGUACCAUUUGGAAAGAUGAAUUGAACUGUGCCUAAAAAGUGUAUUUUAAAGAGAUUUGUGUGUUAAUAACAACACCAUGUUGCGUGUCGGGAGCAAAGCUGCCUGCAUGGCCUGCAGGAACCUGGUCUCCACCAACAUGGGUGUGAGAUUUCGGGUACCGCUCCAGAAGCUGCACCCUCUGUCCCGUGCCAUCCACCACCGCUACUCGGGAAACACUAACCCACAGCGACCACCUCAUCGCACAGCAGCCCGCUAUUUCACCUCCAUGUCGCGGUUGCCCAUGCGGCCUCCUAAGCCUCCCCCAGGGUCAGGGGGCCGUAACUACCAGCAGCAGCGUGGCUUUUGGGUGGCCCGCCUUGCUGCCAGGCUGCUAAAGCUCAGAUACAUCCUGCUGGGCAGUGCAGUGGGAGGAGGAUACACAGCUAAGAAGACCUAUGAAGAGUGGAAGGACAUGCUGCCUGAUUUUAGUGAAUACAACUGGGUUAUUCCUGAUUUUGUCUGGGAACUGAGUGAACAAAUUGAUCUUGAUAAACUGGCCAAAGCUCUACCAGAGAUAGAGGAAAUAGCCAAACUUCUACCUGACAUGGACAAGAUAGGAGAGAACUUCACCUUCCUCAAAAGUCUCCUGUCUUCCGGUGUGAGUUUGGGUAGUGAAGUCAAAGGAGCUUCUGGUCUGCAUCUGUUGUUAGAAACCUCAGGCGACCCUCCUCUAAACGCCACAGAUGCUUCUGCUGCAGCCGCACAAGAUGCCAGCGACAAGCAAUACAAAAAGCAGGGUCUGCUUGGCGAGCUCAUUCUUAUUCAGCAGCAGAUCCAGCGGCACGAGGAGGAGGUCCGGCGGGCCGCUGCAGCCAAUAAUGCGCGUCCCCCACCGCCAGAGCCUGCUCCCAGUCCGCCUCCGAACCCCAGCCCCCCUCAACAGAAACGCAAGUCUUCAGACAAAGAAAAAGUUGACCAGCUUCAAGAAGAACUGCUUCGUACCCAGCUAAAAUAUCAGCGCAUGCUGGAGAGACUGGAGAAAGAGAAUAAAGAGUUGAGGAAAGUGGUUCUACAAAAAGAUGAUAAAGGGAUUCACCAAAGGAAAGUGAAGAAAUCCCUUAUUGACUUGUAUUCUGAAGUCCUGGACAUCUUGUCUGACUAUGAUGCCAACUACAACACCCAGGACCACUUACCCAGGGUGGUUGUGGUUGGGGAUCAGAGUGCUGGGAAGACUAGCGUGCUGGAGAUGAUAGCCCAGGCCAGGAUCUUUCCCAGGGGCUCUGGAGAGAUGAUGACACGCUCCCCUGUCAAGGUUACACUAAGUGAAGGCCCCCACCAUGUGGCUUUGUUCAAGGACAGUGGCAGAGAGUUUGACCUUACCAAGGAAGAGGAUCUGGCUGCUCUGAGGCAUGAGAUUGAGCUGAGGAUGAGGAAGAGUGUGAAGGAGGGACAGACAGUCAGCUCUGAGACAAUAUCCUUGAGUGUCAAAGGACCCGGCAUUCAGAGGAUGGUGCUUGUUGACUUACCAGGUGUCAUCAGUACUGUGACUGCAGGCAUGGCGUCAGACACGAAGGAAACCAUCUUCAGCAUCAGCAAGGCCUAUAUGCAGAACCCCAAUGCAAUUAUCCUCUGUAUUCAGGAUGGCAGUGUGGAUGCAGAGCGGAGCAUCGUAACAGACUUGGUUAGCCAGAUGGACCCCCAUGGGAAGAGGACUAUCUUUGUCCUGACCAAGGUUGACUUGGCUGAAAAGAACCUGGCCAGCCCCAGCAGGAUCCAGCAAAUAGUGGAAGGCAAGCUGUUUCCCAUGAAGGCCCUUGGCUACUUUGCUGUGGUGACAGGAAAAGGGAGCAGUGGUGAAAGCAUAGACUCCAUUAAAGACUACGAAGAGGACUUCUUCCAGAACUCAAGAUUACUAAGGGACGGCAUGUUGAAGGCCCACCAGGUGACCACAAAGAACUUGAGUCUUGCCGUCUCUGACUGCUUCUGGAAGAUGGUCAGGGAGUCUGUUGAGCAGCAGGCUGAUGUCUUCAAAGCAUCCCGCUUCAACCUGGAGACAGAAUGGAAGAACAACUACCCUCGUCUGAGAGAGCUGGACAGGAAUGAACUGUUUGAAAAGGCAAAAAAUGAAAUCUUGGAUGAAGUCAUUAGCUUGAGUCAAGUGACCCCACAACACUGGGAGUCCAUCCUGCAGAGGAAGCUGUGGGAACGUGUUUCCACCCAUGUGAUUGAGAACAUCUACCUGCCUGCUGCCCAAACAAUGGACUCGGGUACCUUUAACACCACCAUAGAUAUCAAGCUCAAGCAGUGGACCGACAAGCAGCUUCCACACAAAGCACUGGAGGUUGCCUGGGAGACACUGCAGGAGGAGUUUGCCCGCUUCAUGGCUGAAUACAAAGGCAAAGACCAGGACGACAUUUUUGACAAGCUGAAGGAGGCUGUGAAGGACGAGAGCAUCAAGAGGCACAAGUGGAAUGAGAGGGCCAUGGACAGCCUGAGGGUGAUCCAGCACAAUGCCCUAGAAGACCGUUCCAUCACAGACAAGCCGCAAUGGGAUGCAGCAAUCCAGUUCAUGGAGGAAACCUUGCAGUCACGCCUCAAAGACACUGAGUCAGUAAUCAGAGAUAUGGUGGGUCCAGACUGGAAGCAGAGGUGGCUGAACUGGAAGAAUCGUACACCAGAACAGCACAUCCGUAAUGAAACAAAAAAUGAACUGGAGCGCUUGCUGAAGUUGCAUGAAGACCACACAGCCUACUUGGCCAAUGACGAGGUCACCACCGUCCGGAAGAACCUGGAGGGACGAGGGGUUGAAGUUGACCCUGUACUGAUCAAGGACACAUGGCAUCAGCUGUAUCGACGACACUUCUUGCAGAAGGCGUUGUCCCACUGUAACCUCUGCAGGAGAGGCUUCUACUACUACCAGAGACACUUUGUUGACUCUGAGUUGGAGUGCAAUGAUGUAGUACUGUUCUGGAGGAUCCAGAGGAUGCUGGUCAUCACAGCUAACACUCUCCGACAGCAGCUCACCAACACCGAGGUGCGCCGGUUGGAGAAAAAUGUGAAAGAGGUGCUGGAUGACUUCGGAGAAGAUAUGGAGAAGAAGACCCAGCUCAUCACUGGCCGUCGAGUCCAGCUGGCAGAGGAUCUCAAGAAAGUUCGUGAGAUCCAGGAGAAACUUGAAGCCUUCAUAGAAGCUCUUCACAAGGAGAAAUAAGAGAAGCAGAACCACUGAAAGUAAAUUUAUGGAUCACAGCAGAGAAAUGCACUGAACAAAGAUAACUAAAUCUGUAUAUGACCAUCAUCACCCCCUGGCCCUGCCCCACCACCCGCCUGAUUUUAAUACCCACGGCUUGGCUCCUUGUCCCCCUUGAACAGUGAAAGAUGGACCAGAAGGAAAAGAUGGAGGAACAGUUUUCAGGCUUUCUCUUGGAUUUUCUAUUUUUAUUUUUUUAUGUUUAUUUUUUGUUUGUUUUUUUCUUCUUGCAAACUGUCCCGAUGUCAAGAGGGAGACUUCUGCACAGGAGCCCAAACACAGUCAGAUCCGGAGGAAAAUGAGAAGCUCGCACAGCAUUGUCAGACAUCUGACCACUCAUUUUAAAUAAAUGAGUACUGUGUACAUGUUAUCUCCUCAGUUGUUUUCUUUUUGUUUGUUUUUUUGGUUGGUGUCUGUGUAUACAUGAUCAUACAAGUGUGUGUGUGUGUGUACAGAGAGACACCAUCGGCACUGUUCCCGAUGGGUGUAAAAAGCCUUGAAUUUCAUACCUUUGUCUCGCUUGGUGCUCCUAAAAUAUGCCAUGUUACCCUAACUCUGUUAAAAUUUGCCUCUAUUUAACAUCAGGUCUUUUUAGUUGCACUUAGGAUCCAGAGCACUUAUGUUAUCCCUCCGAGCUGUAGCUGCAUUCUACAUUUAAUGUACAUGAACUGUACCUUUAAUGAGACUGUGUGCAGUUUCAGCAGAUGUUCUCACCUUAAUUCUCUAAUCUUAAUUCAAUAUUCAGCUUCAACACUCUCCCUUGGAUCACCAACAGGAUCAGCUCUGAAACAGCUGUUGGAAAGAAUAUUAUACAUAGAUUUAUUUCUUAUUAUUUUUGCUCUAUUGGGGUUUAUCAGACAAAUACUGUGUUCCAUUUAGAUGCGCCUGCCAAAUUCACAUAAUGCCCCUGGUCAUACCUCUAACUCACCCUUUGUUUCUGUCUUCAUUUGUGUUUAAUGUGUGCUUUUCCAUUAUCACAUAGGUCUUUAUGUACAUUUAAAUUUCGUCUCCACUUUCUAUGUUUCAACUGACAGAUAAUUUUACAAAUUGCUCAAAAUAUAUUAAAAUGUCCCUCUUAAUAAGUUGAAAAUGUAAUAAGGCAUAAGUAUGCUUCUGGAUAAUUUAGACACAUUAUUACAUUAGGUGCUGCAGUUCUUUUAACUUAAUGCAUUCCAACAUGCAAUGUAUUACAUUAUCUGUAGUUAUUAGCAUUUAAUGCAUUAUUAGUUAACAUUAGGUACAAAGUCAUUGCCAUUUAUUAUAAUAACGGUUCUACAUAUAUGAUCAACCAAAUUAGUCUUACAUUUUAUUCAAAUUUGAAAGUUUAUUACAGUAUCUGUCAGUUGAUGCACUUCACUUCUCUACCUUGCGCCUGAGCGUGUGUCUUGAUCUAGUCCCAGUUUGGUCCGGUCACACAGUAUCAGGCAGGUCAUCGUCAUGUGUUUUCACCAGGUUUUUAUGUCAUUUUUGGCACGACAGGUUCUUAUUUAUUUAUGCACCUGUGGUGACACAGCACAGACCCACUUGUACUCAUCCACUUCUCCUCUUUUCAUCUUGUAUUUAAAUCAACAUUAAGAUGUUAGGCUUCUGUCAGGGGUGAGAUGAAAAAAAACACAAAUACAAGGAAAGUAGUUAUCUCACUUUGUAAAUUAAUAGCAAUUCAAAGAAGGAAAAUGUACGCUUCUCUGAACUCACUUAUUCUUCUACUAGUCACUUUCCAGGGCCAGAUGUUUCUCUAUCUUGUGCUUUCCUCCUCGUUAUCUUAAAUUCGCUCUCAGAACUACACUUUCAUCUCCAUCAUUUGGACCAUUCUGACUCUUCCCAUCACCCGUGUAGACAUCCACUCACUCUUCCUAGUGUGAAAACUGUCUGAUAUUUGACUGAAAGAGCGCGAGAGACUGUGUUUACUCCAUUCAUUCAUUCAUAUGUGUAUAUGGGUAUAUAUAAAUAAUAUGCCGUGCAUUCUUGUACAGGUAAAGUUAAUGGGAAGUCAUGGAGCUACUAUCAUGUACAGCACGUGUAAGCAGAGUGAGCCACUUGUGUAACAGAAAAUCAGUGAGUUGGUUCAAAAAAAUGUUUUAUGUUGUAGAAGUAAUGUUUGCAUGGUGUACCCCAUCAGAUGUGCUUUAUUUAUUAAAUUUGUGUUUAAAAGAAAGUGAAAAUAAAAUUGACAUAAAUAAAAAUGAUCUUUUUCA